AUUUGAGUGGUUCGUUGUUCGUUCAAUGCGCGCAUUAAUCGUAUGAACGAAAAUAAACGCGCAUUUAACGCGUAGUGGAAAGUGUAUACAAACAAUAAUGAAAAAUUAUGUGUGUAGACCUUUUAAAAAAUAAUUUCAUUGAAAUAAAUUUUUAAAAUUUGCUAUGUGUUUGUGUGACGGCGAAAAUAUUUCGCAAAUGGAUGAAAAUUUGAAAAAUUGUGAAACAGUGAAAAGAUAUUUGUGUUUGUUUAAUUAAAAAAUACUUAAUUUGUUAAAGAUAAUCAUAGCAAGCGUAAAAACUACGAAUGGAUCGGAAGUUACUUCCAAACGAAUCCGCAUAAUCCGGAUUUCAUCACUACAGCGCUGCUUAUAUCACACAAAGCGACAGAUUGGAUUUAAAAUUCGCAAAAAAAAGCAGAAAACCACAAAAUAAAUUUAUGCAAAAAUGUUUAUUAUACAACUCACCACAAUUAGCAGGUGACUAAAGUGCUGCAAAAGCCACCGCGAAGCAAAAAAAUCAAGUGUUACGAAGAAUAAGACGUCUUAGUCACAAAUUAAUAAAUAUUUACAAAUGCAAAUUAUUUUGCGACACUGAAUGAAUUCGAAACAAAAAAUAAUAAAAAAUCAUAAUUAACAACAUGCUUACCAAACUUGAAAGUGCAAAGAAAUCACAGACACACCACAAACGUUGGAGUAGCGACCAAAAGUGUUGACACAUUUUAAUGCAAAAAGUGUGACGAAGAAAAGUAGGACACAUUUUUUGAAGUGGUGAAAUAAGGUUUUAGUGAAUAGUGAAAAGUGUGCAAAAACUAAAAUCGUUUUGUGAUUAUACAUACGCUCGGUUUAAAUUGGCGAACCACCCUAAUAAAUUAACUACUUCUCUUCAAAUUCAUGCAACAUGUUAGCUGUCAAGAAUUUCUUUUUACCCGAACGCACGGCGGCAGCUAAGCCGCCCGAAACGCCACAGCGUUUUUCACGCAUGCCUGAAGCAUUUCUACGUUCCAUACGACGGCGUUCGCUGCGUGUAAAGCGCGCCAAAAGCUUGGUGGUGCCCGAUCGCGAGAAGCGGAAAUCAGAUUCUUUCGUCAACAGUCAAGAAUGGACGAUCUCACGUUCAGUGCCCGACUUGCGUCUAGGCAUAGUUGGUUCAUUGAACUCCGGCAAAUCAGCUUUAGUGCAUCGUUAUUUAACUGGUUCCUAUAUGCAAGAGGAGUCGCCUGAAGGCGGUCGCUUUAAGAAGGAAGUAUUCAUAGAUGGCCAAAGUUAUUUAUUACUGAUAAGAGAUGAAGGCGGACCACCAGAAAUGCAGUUUGCCGCUUGGGUUGACGCUGUGAUUUUCGUCUUUAGUCUCGAGAACGAGAGCAGUUUCAACACAAUCUACAAUUACUACAAUAAAAUGGCGCAUUUUCGCAAUGGUCAGGAUUUGCCAAUGAUUUUAGUUGGCACACAGGACGCAAUUAGUGAGCGCAAUCCACGUGUGAUCGAUGACUCUCGCGCGAGAAAACUGGCAAACGAUCUGAAGCGUUGCUCGUACUACGAAACGUGCGCCACAUAUGGUCUCAAUGUUGAAAGAGUGUUUCAGGACGCUUGUCAGAAGAUCCUCCAGCAGCGCAUUCCCCUACCCCCCACCGUCAACUCCCGACCCACAACGCCGCAAGGCACACGCCUCGGCAUCGCCUCCUAUCACCACAACUCCAACAAUCAUGGCGGCGCAAAUGCAAAUGGCUUCUCUGCAUCCACUUCGUCGGUGCAGGGCGCCGUAUCCACCAGUAAUUUAACGCUGCCUCACCGCCAUCACGCGCUGUCCACGUCGUCACAUCACAUACCGAUGCGCAUGAGCGCCGAUUUCAUGCACACCGAGCAGCAGCAGAGCUUGCCGCCUAGUCAGAAGGCGUGGCAACAGCAAAAAGAGCAGCAGCAGCGUGAUCGUGAAUUGACGAUGCUCACAAACGAAAACAAUAACAUCACCAAAUUCACACCCACACAUCACCAACAGCAGCAGCAGCAACAACAACAGCAGCAAUCGAGCCAUCAAACGGCAGAAAGUUUGCCACCUUUGAGUUUGGUGCCGCUGCGCGAGAAUAGGGAUAAUGGCAGUGGUGGCGGCGGCGGCAGCGGCGGUGGUAAGGAUCUGCCGACACCCACAUCUACGCCUACAACAAGUCGCAAAAGCCGACGGCGUUCAAAUCUCUUCAUUCCCUCCUCCUCGAAGAAGGGCGAGAAGGAUUUGAAAAAUGGCGAAUUGGGUAGCGGACGAUCCAUACCAAUCAAACAGGGUUACCUCUACAAACGCUCCAGCAAAUCGUUGAACAAGGAAUGGAAGAAGAAAUAUGUGACGCUCUGUAAUGAUGGACGGCUCACAUAUCAUCCAUCACUACACGAUUACAUGGACGAUGUGCAUGGUAAGGAAAUACCGUUACAGUACGUAACUGUAAAAGUACCGGGACAAAAACCGCGCGGUUCGAAAUCGAUCAUCACCAACAGCGCGCUCACAACCUCAAUGCACUCGAAUGGACGCGGUCAUGGUCAAAACGGCUUAAGCGAAGGCAUCGGCUGUCUGUCGAUUGUAAAGGAUAACAAGGAAAAAAAGGUGACCGAAAAGGUGCUGCUCACCGCUUUCGACACGCUACGCGAACCAGUGAAAUCGAAUUCUUCGCAACAGACCAGUGGUGAUGAGGGCAUAGCCAUGUCCAACUCCAACUCACAGACAUUUAUUGCCGGCAGUGAUAGCCAACAACAGCUGCAGCAGCAGCAACGCGAAUUGCUCGCUGUCAAUGCGGCAAACAAAUUAGAAUCUCAAACACCAAAUGUAAAGAAACGCCAUCGCCGUAUGAAGAGCAGCAGCGUUAAGUCAAAUGAAGUGGACGAUUCGGAUAUUUAUGAGUUCUUCAUCGUAUCGCUCGACUCCAAGCAGUGGCACUUUGAAGCCGCCAGCUCUGAGGAUCGUGACGAAUGGGUGGCUGCUAUUGAGCAGGAGAUCUUCAAAAGCCUGCAGGGUAUCGAGAGCACGAAAACCAAACCGGCAACCACAAGUGAGCUGGCCUCAAUGGUGGCGAUACGCACGCGUGUACCGGGCAAUGGCUUUUGCGUGGACUGCGAUGCGCCGAAUCCGGAAUGGGCUAGCUUAAAUCUGGGUGUACUCAUGUGUAUCGAAUGUUCGGGCAUUCAUCGUAAUUUGGGUUCACACAUUUCCAAAGUGCGUUCGCUGGGCUUAGAUGAUUGGCCAGCCGGUCAUCUCAGUGUAAUGCUGGCCAUAGGCAAUAGUUUGGCGAAUUCGGUGUGGGAGGCGAAUACGCGGCAACGCACCAAACCUAGGCCCAAUUCCACACGUGAGGAGAAGGAAGCGUGGAUAAGGAGCAAAUAUGAAUCCAAAGAAUUUUUAGCACAAUCCAAUGCUAAUACAAAUACAACGCCGGGACAGCAAUUAAUAGAAGCGGUGAUCAGAUCGGACAUCAAGUCUAUUGUCUUGAUACUCGCCACCGCUAACAGUGAAGUGACCAAUGCUAACGUGAGUCCACGUGAUGUACGGACACCACUGCUGCUGGCUUGUGCCAUCGGCAAUCUGGCCAUAGCGCAGCUGCUGAUUUGGAACGGAGCCAACAUUAAGCAUACUGAUCAUGAGGGACGCACCUGUUUGGCGUAUGCGCGGGCAGCACAAUCGCUGGCAACAGCGAAAUCCCUGAAGGCUGCCGCCGCCGCAGCUGCGGUCGCAAAUGCUGCGAACGGCAGCAACACGAACACAAACUCGAGCACUGCAAGCAAUACGAGUUCGUGUUCGUCGACCGCAUCCACCACAGCCACCACCACAACAACAAGCAACGCGACGAACAGUGCCACAGCAAGUGGCGCAACGGCAGCGCCGGCAACAAAUGGUGGCAUACCAGCGCCACAGUACAGCGUCGAAGAGACAACAGCGCUGGUGGAGCUGCUAACGAGCUUAGGUUGCCCUGAAUCGGCGCCCUUGACGGCCAGUGGCACGCUACCGCGUCGCCGUGACACGCUGGGCACACCCUACGAGAAGACCGUAUCGGGUGUCAUAUAAAGAGCUUGCACAUGAAAGGGAAAGGCAGCGCGCUUUGGCCGUUUGCAAUAACAAUAAGCUUAUAGUCUAAGUUAAAAGCUGUACAACAGUUGAAGUAUUGAAAUUAGUAGGAGGGAAAAUUUAUGGCAAUCGUGCGUUGAUAAUAGCGCCACAAAUUGCUUAUUUAGUUAUAGUCAUGUAGAUAUAUAUGUGUAUAUGCGUCUGUCUGAAGUCGGUAUAAAUUGGAUUGGGAGGAAAUAAUAAUUUAUCAUGCUGCUUAGAGAAAGUGCUGUCGCAAUGAAGAGCUUGAUAGCCACUUUUUAAGACUUUUAAUUAGCCGAAUUUAAUUUAUUACACAUUUUAACUAUGUAUUUUUAAAUAAAGUAAUUUAAUAAUUAAAGCAAGCAAAUUGGAAGAUAGUAUGUCAGUACGAAGUUUGUUUUCCGAUUGAUAAGCUCUUGAGCACAGCAAGCUUUCAGUUUUUAGACCACAAAAAGUAUGUAAAGCAAACUCAUAAAAGAUGUUAAUAUAAUUUUUAUUUUUUAAAAUAUCUUAUUAUGGCAAAGAAAAUGUCUUGUAUGUAUGUUGGUAUGCCUGUUUACAUUAUAUACGUACAUAAGUACAAUAUAUAUACAUAUAUUUUUUGUCUGUGUAAGCGCCGAGUUAAAAAAUGUAGAUGUUAGUCCCUACACUCGCAAGGAGUACGCUUUAAAAUGUAAAAAAAAAUUGGAUAACGGUUUAUCCAAGUGAAGUUAAAACCGACGCUCAGUCGUCUAGAAAUAGCUGCACCUCAAUCUACUUUUAAACAAGAUUUCUGUUAGGCUCUUUUAACUGACAAUCUUAAAGUAAGUUUAUUUUUAUGUUGAAAAAGAGCAAAAAUCGCUUUUAUUUAAGUUUAUUUAUAUUAAAAUAAUUUCGUUUAACUUUUUGUUAACUAAACCAAUCGUUACCGUUUAAAUGAUAAAUAUUGCUAAAUAUUAUUUUAUUUCGAGUGCUCGAAAAGUAUUUAAGAAAAAUGUUAAAACAACGCUAAAUAAUUAUAUAAAGUUAUACCGAGAAUACUAUGCAGUUUUGAAAAUGUAAGAAAUAGUAAGAAAUAUUAACGAUUCGAAAUAUUACGCCUUGCCAAUUACUUUUAGGCUCACCAGUCGCUUAAAAAAUGGUUUCGCAAUCUCAAUAAUGUAAAAUAAUGUCUCGUAAUGUGCUUUUGGUUUUUAAAUAGAAACUUUAUUUUGAAAAAAAAGUUUAGUGGAAUUUUAAAUAAUGGUUUUAAAAAGAAACCUACAACUUGUCGUUUCAUUACUUGUUUUUUUAGAAGACUUAAUGUUUCUGUGAACUUUUCUUUAUGUUUUUUUUUUUUUUUUAUAAAUUUUCAUGUAAUUCGAAAAUAUCAGAAGAAUCGCUUUGCAAAAAAUCACUCAGUAAGAACAAAAAAAAUGAUUAUCAGAAUAAGCUUUUCAUCAAAACCAUUCAGUAGAGAACAAAAAAUAGAUUACAAAAAAGAUUUUCUUAAAAAAACACGAAAAAACGAAAUAUUUAUUUAGUGUCUUUUUUUCGCGUAAAAUAUUUCUAAAACCUAUUUUCAUAAACAUUUUAUUUGUUGUUGUUUUGUUAAGCUUUGUUUAUAACAGUCUUAAAUAGAUCUGCCUGCAAUUUGAACCGAUGCGAGUACACUAGGUAUAAAUUUUUAUUUAAUUCAUGCUUGAAUACGCUUCGUGUUUUUGAAAACGAUCACUUAUAGUUUUAUUUUUUAUUUCUCUUCAUUAUAAAAUGUAGUUAUUAUUUAGUUGAUUUGUAUUGUGUGAAAAAUAUAAUAUAAUAAAAUAUUAUUUAAUUUGCAUAAAAUGUUUUGUUUUAUUUGUUGCUGCGAAAAGUUCGAUUGAUGCAAUACUUUAAAAAAUAUGUUGAAUAUUAUUUUUUAGUUUCUGCUAACUGGCAACCACAUUUCGUGCUCUCAAACAAGCUGAAACUACAUUUUGGUUUUCAAAUCAGAGUAAAUUCCACAGAAACAAGUGCCGUUCUUUGCUUUAAGGGGUCAGUAGGGUAAUCUGGUCUGUUUUUUUAGACAUUUUUUUUCAUAGAAAUUUUUAUUCCACAAUAGAACUUUUUUCACAUAUUUUUUGAUGACAUCUGUCGGAGAAAUGGCUGGGUGAAUGAGGUGCGUGUUUUCACGAUUUAUCAUGUUUCGAUUAUCUGAAACACAAAAACCCCAUUUAUUCUUAAAAAGUACGUGAAUGGUUAUCGUCCCUAUUAGAUUCAUAAAAAAAUGUUGAUAAAUAAAAAAGUUGUUUUUUUUUUAAUUUUUCUCAAUUUUUUUUACAUACAUUUUUUCAUAACAUUGUCAAUAAAUUAUAAAAAAAUUAUGAAUCUAGUAGGGACGAUAGCCAGGCGUUUCGUGAACAUUAAGAAAAAAAAGUAAAAAUUAAGCAAAUCGGUUGAGUAGUUCGACCGGAAUCAUGUCCGCCAGUUUAAAAAAGUGUGUUUUAAGAAAAACGCGUUUAAACUUUGAGGCGUGGACUUCGAGCGGUAUUAUUAUUUUUGGACUUUUUUCGAAACCUUCCAAUGGUAGAGUGGGUUUCUACGUUAAUUCUAAGGGUAAAAGGGAACAGAAAAUGCAAAAAAGAAAAAUUGAAAAAAAGAUUACCCCACUGACCCCUUAAAAUAAAAAUUUUAACCAAAUAAUAAAUAGUCAGUUUUCUAUAUUUUUAUGAUGGCCGAAAUAAGCUUAAAGACUUUUGGUAUUCAAAAUAAAAAAGCCACAAAAAAGAGCAUUGAGGAAUAUUGUUAAAUAUUUUUUAAAAUUUGGGGCAUCUUCAAAGAAUUGUGUUAUUUUCUAUUAUUUUCUGGAAGUAUAAGGAAGAAUAAAGUGAGCACUUAAAAUAUAACUUCUGUAAUGAUAGGGAAAUGAAAUAGUCAUAAAUAAGAAGUUGAAAAUGCAGAAAAUACAGAAAAAUAGGGAUUAUGGCAUAAACGUAUACAAAUAAAUAUGUAGCAAGAUAGUAAUUAUGCACGAAAGAAUAAAAAUGAAGAGAAUAUUCAAAACAGUUCACAUACAUGUACAAUGCAUACCAACACACUUAAAGAAAAUAUGAUUUUCAAUAGUAAAGUAAUGCUUUAAGCGUGUACCAACGUUGCACUUCAAUAAACAUACACACACACACUUAAACAUUUAAAUAUAAAUUAAUUGUAUUUGAAUAUUAUAUACUUGACAAGAUGAUGGGCAUUAAAUGGAAAUAAAAUACUUACAUAAUAAAAGUAAAACUUUAAAUACACACAUGUAUUGUGUUUAUUGACAUGUCGUAUGUCGAGCGUAAUACAUUGUUGUGGGGUUUAUUCCAUAAAAAUGUUGCAAACCUUAAAAAAAAUUAAAUAAAAAUAAAAGUAAUAAGCACACCUGCGGCUAAAUCGAAUAAAUUGAGCAAAGAAUUAGUAAAUUUUGUACUGAAUUGGAAACUUUUGCAAUUGUUUUCUCUAACUUUAAAAAUACGUAAAUCUACGGAAUCUUAUUUAUCAAAUGCUUAUUACUUAUUACUUAGUAAACUUAAGAAAAUGUAUGUAGUGGCAAUGCAAAUGUAAUUCAUAAAUUAUUUCAUAAAAAUGAAGAGUUACGAUGAAAUAUACACAUUCGCUAAAAAUGCAAUAAACUGACGAAAAUACCAUAAAUAA